AUGGAGUCUCUCCCCCUGCGAGGCACUGAAGCCUCAGUUUAUAUUAUCCCGGAGCCCGAUUUUUCCAUCGAUCCCGACGCGCCCGGUUCCCAGUGGCCGGACGUAGAGUUGCCGCUUGGGUACUACCAGGCCUUUGUUGAUGAAGAGGAGGAGGAGGAGUUGGAAGAAGAAGAAGAAGAAGUCAAUUUGGACGAAAUUUGGGCGGCUGCGGACGUGGACUUCGAGGCGGCGGAGGCUCUGGCCCGUUUGUCUCUGCGGGUACAUUUAUACUCCCAUUUACCCAGCUCAACCAUCAAUCGGUCACUCGAGGGUGACUUUACCACACCCCUGAGCAGGUGUAGCAGAAUCAAGAGGAGACUUAUAACAUUUUAUCGAUCUUUAACCCCUACAGGCUUGCAAACUACUAAAACAAUUGCUGCUCCAUUUAGAGGUAAGAAGAAUCUGAUCGAUUUUGCGGAUAUCUAA